UCCGCGCUGCGGGGGCGCGAAUGGAGGGCGCUGGGGCGCGGAGCACGACCCCCGGGGGGCUCGGCUGUGCGGGGCCCGAGGAGGCGCGCGGCUGGCUUUGCCCGGAACAUAGAGACCGCCCCGCGGAGCUCUUCUGUCGCCGCUGCCGCCGAUGCGUGUGCGCGCUGUGCCCGGUGCUGGGCGCGCACCGCGGCCACCCGGUGGGCCUGGCGCAGGAGGAGGCGGCCCACGUGCAGAAACUCAUCCAAGAAUGUUUACAGCAACUGGAGACCAAGAAGCAGCAUCAAGUUGGCAACAUCACCCAGAUAGAAGAUGCAGCCGAGAAGCUCAAGGCUCACGCAGAGUCAAGUAAAACCUGGCUGACGGACAAAUUCACUGAACUCAGAUUACUACUUGAUGAAGAGGAAAUGCUGGCCAAAAAAUUCAUUGAUAAAAACAUGCAGGGGGCCCUCCAGGUGUACAGGGAGCAAGUGGAGUCUUGCAGGAAGCAGAUUGACGUCAUGGGCAGUCUCUCCAGCAGGGUCUGGGGUAUCAGCCAGGAGCCCAACCCUGUUCAACUGCUGCAGGGUCCUCAGUUUCCCUCCUGGGACAUGGUCUCCUGCUCUAUCCUGUGGACAAGCCCCAGGGACUCCUCCUUCAGGAAGACUGGCCUCUCUUUCUGGGGCCCUGUGCCUGAGGCCUACACAGCCACUGAGCAGGAGAUGAAGCAGCACGCGAGCCUCGGGGAGCUGAGCCACCCCGUGCCCCUGUCCUUUGAGCCCAUCAAGAGUUUCUUUAAGGGCCUUGUGGAAGCCAUGCAGAGUACGUUUCAGACACCACUAGAUGUUCGCCUGAAGGAAAACAUCAACUGCCAACUCUCAGGCUCCUCCAGCACCACACUUGGGACCCUGCUGAAAACGAGCCCCUCACCAGAGAGAUCGCUCUUCUUAAAAUACGCGCGCACGCCCACGCUGGAUCCGGACACGAUGCACGCGCGCCUGCGCCUCUCCGCCGAUGGCCUGACGGUGCGCAGCAGCCUGCUGGGCCGCCUGGGGCCGACUCCCGCGAUGCGCUUCGACGCGUUGUGGCAGGUGCUGGGUCGCGACUGCUUCGCCGCCGGCCGCCACUACUGGGAAGUGGACCUGCAGGAGGCGGGCUCCGGCUGGUGGGUGGGCGCCGCCUACCCCUCCCUGCGGCGCCGCGGGGCCUCGGCCACUGCCCGCUUGGGCUGCAACCGCCAGUCAUGGUGCCUCAAGCGCUUCGACUUGGAAUACUGGGCCUUCCACGAUUGCCAGCGCUGUCGCCUGAGGCCCCGCGAUGACCCCGACCGGCUGGGCGUCUUCCUGGACUACGAGGCCGGCGUCCUCGCCUUCUACGACGUGACGGGCGGCAUGAGCCACCUGCACACCUUCCGCGCUGUCUUCCAGGAGCCGCUGUACCCGGCCCUGCGGCUCUGGGAAGGGGCCAUCAGCAUCCCCCGGCUUCCCUAGGGACCACCGCGCAGUGAGCCCCAGGCGCGCUUGUCCCUGGCGCAGCUGGUCUGCUUUCUAAGACCUUCUCCCGGGCCUAGCUCCCCCAUCAGUGGGUUGCUUUGAACCUCUUCUGGGGCUAGUUUCAAACGUGUCCCCAACACUGCUGCUGCCCUUUCCCCCACCACCAUGGCUUCCGCUACACUACUUUCAGUGCAGGUUUCUGAAGGGGGCGUACCCACAGGCGAGCUUUGGCAUUCUGGCUUUGUCAGUGCAGUUGUGCUCAGCCAGAGAACCAUCUUCAUACAGCGCCUAGACCCUCCUGGCACACAGUUAGCACACAGUAAAUAACCGCCUGAGAGUGGCA